GCGGCACGGAGAAAGAUGGCCGAUGCCGCGACCGUCGUCACGACAACCCUGUCAUCGUUGAUGGCACAGGUCCAACAGCAUCUUGGACUGUCGAGCGCAUUUCGAUGCCGGGUGAAGUGGGCGCAUGCCGAAGCGUUGGGUGCCACGACCAAAGCAUAUCUGUCGCUCGGCGCGUACGGCAUGGUCGUGCUCGACAUUACAACGCCCGAGCACCCGCACGUCGUCGCAGAGUUCCUGGAAGGGCAAGUAACUCUAAAACACUUUACGAUCGAGAGACACAUCGUGUAUACCGCGUGCGGGAAGUCUGGGCUGCGAAUAUUCACCAACAUCGACGCCGCCAUCGACGAAAUCGGCGCCCUCGUCCACCCGCGCUGCGGAGCCAAGAGUGUCGCCGUGCAAGGGGACAUUGCAUUGGUCACGUUCGGUCGAUCAGGCGUGCGGGUGCUCGACGUGGCCAACCCGAGCAGCCCCGUGGAACUCGGCGGGUUCAAGGCCGACUCGCUCCACGACCCGCGCUUCGUGCUGCUGCGCGACGGCUGGGGCUACGUGAGCUUUGGCCCCGGCGGCGUUCGGAUUCUAGACGUCACCAACGCAUCUCUACCUUGCGAGAUCAGCUCGUACACCCACGGAACCUUCGACGCCCGGCACAUGGCCUUGCACGGGUCGUUCCUAUUUGUAGCGUUCAGCUACGGCGGCCUCAAGGUGCUGGACGUGAGCAAUCCAUUCAGCCCCGUCGAAGUCGGGUCGCACUCGUUCCCGUCGUCGGCCGCGGCCAACUGCGUGCACGUGCAAGGCCAGCACGUGUACGUGGCGUUGGGGCCAGGCGGCCUCUGCGUGCUUCGCUUUCGGCCGCUCGAAGGAUUCGAAUGGCUGGGGGCGUAUGCGCAGGAAGGCACAGACAUUACGAGUGUGCACGUGACCAGUGAUUGGCUGGCACUUGUGUGUACGCGCCAGGGCAGUUUGAACAUCUUGGACGUCCGCCGACCUGACCACAUCACGGUCGUGAGCACGUUCACGCCAGACAUCCGGCGGUUGGUUUGUCAGCGGUCGUGCACCACCAUGUAAUGUGACAAGCAAGUAGAGAUAGUAUGGCAACAUUAUGAUAUAUAUCGGCAUAAUUUUGAUCAUCUUGACGUCGGCCCAAUUGCAC